AUGUCCAACAUGUCACACACUGAGGAGCUUGUAGAGGAGUACGAACAGGAAGAAGAACAACAUGAAGUUGAGGAGGAUGACGAUGUUGAAGAAGAGGUUGAGGAUGAACCAGUGAAAAAAGAAGAGGGAGAGCAGGAGGAAGACUCGAAGAGGCGACACAAAACAACCUACAUACCAAAUAUUGCUCCUCCCAAGCUCCCAGAGGGUGAGAAGGUGGAUUUUGAUGAUCUCCAUCGUAAGAGGCUAGAGAAGGACUUCAAUGACCUCCAGACACUGAUAGAACUACACUUCUCCACACGACAAAAAGAAGAAGAGGACAUUGUGGCACUGCGUAGCCGCAUCGAGCGUCGACGUGCUGAUCGUGCAGAACAGCAACGUGUCCGUGCCGAGCAAGAACGAGAACGCCAGACACGCUUGGCUGAAGAGAAGGCUCGGCGUGAGGAAGAGGCUGCAAAGUUGCGAGCAGAGGAAGAGGCCAAGAAGAAAAAGAUUUACACCAACAAGUCAUUUGGUGGCUAUCUCCAGAAAGUGGACCAGAAGAAAGGCAAAAAGCUUACUGCACGUGAGGAAAAGAAGAAGGCCUUGUUAGAGCGACGCAAGCCACUGAAUAUAGAUCACCUAAAUCAGGAAAAGCUGGCGGAGAAGGCCCAGGAUCUGUGGACGUGGCUCCAUCAGCUUCAUGCAGAGAAGUUUGAAUUAGCCGAGAAACUCAAGCGGCAGAAGUACGACAUUCACGUUCUGCGGAACAGAGUAAGCGAUCAUCAAAGAGGCUCCAAAACAUCCAAGACCACUCGAGGGGCCAAAGGAAAAUGUGGCUCUUGGAAGUGA